GGGGCAGUGAGAAUGCGGGCGCUGCAGGCGGCGCUGGCCCUGGGCCUGCUGUUGAGCAGCCUGCUGCCGGGGGACGGUCUGUCGCUGGAGAGCCUGCUGACCAACAAGAGGUGCAAGUGUGUCAAAGUGACUGCCCAGAUCAUCAGCCUGGGGCUCAUUCUUGCCAUUGACGUGAUGCCGCCGGGUAUUCACUGCCGGAGGAAAGAGAUCAUCCUCACCCUGAAGAGGAACAAGAAGGUGUGUGUGGCCCCCGAGGCGCCCUGGAUCCAGCUGCUCAUCCACAAGCUGACACAGACGGAUGUCAGCAAAAAAGAAGCGGCGGCGGUUGCGCGGUCACGGGGGGAAGCGGGGAGACAGCCACCGGUCCCAUAGCAGGACCUGUGUCCCUUCCCCAGCACUGCCCAUCCCUCCCUCUGCCCAGCCCUGGUUCUGGCUGGGGGCAGGAGCCUUUCUCCUCCUCCAUCCUACCCAAAACCAGGCUGUCCUGCCAGACCCCGGUGUUGCCCUACGGUUUGGUGAUUGUGCUGUCCCCCUGCAUGAUGCCCACCCAGGGCUCAAUUAAACUCUGAGUGCUCUUUCCA